CCUUGCCCACUUUCAGAGUUGAGUCCGCCAAUUUCUAUCCCACAAUGCAGUUUCAUUCAGAAUUGUUUCCGGAACACAUUUGAAGCUAUUUGAUUGUUGUUUAUCAGCCGAGUCAAGUGUGUAAGUGUGAAAAUGCAGCAACGAGAAGAAAAACAGUUGGAAGCCUCCAUAGAGUCUUUAAUAAGUCGAGUGGCACAGCUGAAGAACUCUUUGCAUAGUUUCAUCUUCAAACUGGAGAAUGAAUAUGACAGGAUGGCUUGGCCGUCAGUGCUGGACAAUUUUGCACUCCUGUCUGGUCAGCUGAACACAAUUAACAAGCUAUUGAGAAAUGAGAAGACGCCUUCCUUUCGUAACCAAGUCAUUAUUCCCCUUCUCUUGUCUCCAGACCGAGAUGAAGAACUAGCGAAACUGACCGAGCAGCGCGUGCCGGUCUUCAGUCACGAGAUUGUGCCUGACCACCUGCGCACGAAGCCCGACCCGGAGGUGGAGGAGCAGGAGAAGCAGCUCAGCGCAGAGGCGGCGCGCAUUGGACCCGACGUCGCCCAGAAACAGAUCCAGACCUUGAAUAAGCUCUGCUCAAACCUACUGGAAAAGCUGACUAACCCACGGGACGACAGAGAGACUGAGAGUGCAGCCCUGCGGCAGAACAAGCCAUCCUUCAACCCGGCAGACACCACUGCGCUGGUGGCGGCGGUGGGGUUUGGGAAGGGGCUGGCCAAAUGCCGGCCCCCAGGGCCGGUGGCUCCGGGGCAGCCCGGGCAGGGGCCCAUGAUGGCCGGGGGGCCUACCCUGCAGCAGGUCACGAUAGCUGGGGCAUCAGGCCCGCAAGCUAACCUCGGCGCACCAGGGCCCCCUCAGCAGCCUGGGCAGCCAGGAAAAAUGCCUAGUAACAUAAAGACGAACAUAAAGUCUGCCUCAAUGCAGCAUCCCUAUCGAUGACCUGGGAGAAGUAUUAAAUACACUGAAGAUGGGAGGCACGGAUAAAGUUACGCAGUCAAAUGAAAAUGUUCCUGACCAGUUUUUGCAAAUGUUUGAUUCUGCCUGUAUUUCAACAAAAUAUUGUAUUGGUUAUUGUAAAUAAUUUUAGUUUUUCUUUUGGAUGCCAUCUGUAAGCAAUUUCCUAUCAGGUACAAGAAUAUAAAACUUAUUAAUUUGCUUAUUUAGUAAAUAUGAGAUGUAGGGCAGGGGUGUUCAGUCUUAUCCAACAGGUUCAGUGUGAGUGCAGAUUUUUUAUUUUAACCCAGUAUUAAAACAUCUAAUUCUACUCUUCUUCCAUGAUUGGUUAAUUAGUUGAACAGGGUGAACUGGGGUAAAACAACCAGCAUGGCCUCUUGCAGAUAAGAUUGGACACCCCUGAUGAAGGGGAACACCUUUUUUGUAUUGUCAAUACUGUUAUUUAGCAUUUGUUUUUCGUGUAGGCUAUUUCUGUAAUAAAACAUAUAUAUAUAC